AUGAUGACCAAGGUACUGCGUGUGGCCACAGGUCUGGACCCUAGGCCUCUAGAGGAGCAGGUGGAGCCUGUGAUUGUGAAAGUUGAAGAGGAGGAGGAGAAAGAUAAGUGCUUUCCUAGCCUGGAGAUGUUCAGCCAGUGUUUCAGGCAGUUUGAGUAUCAUGACAUACUUGGCCCCUGUGAGGCCCUGAGUCAGAUCCAUGUGCUCUGCUGUGAGUGGCUGAGGCCCAAGAUCUAUACCAUGGAGCAGAUCCUAGAGCUUCUGGUGCUGGAGCAGUUCCUGAACAUCCUGCCCCAGGAGCUGCAGGCCUCGGUACAGGAGCACUGUCCAGAGAGUAUUGCAGAGGCUGUCACUCUCCUGGAAGACCUGAAGUGAUAACUGGAUGAACCAUGACAGCAGGUUUCAUCUCCUCAUGAACAGAAACAGGCAUGGGAGAAGAUGUUUACUUCAGGAACAGCAAAGCAAUCCCUGAGCAGCACCCAGCCACAGUCUGUGGCAACAAGUCCCAAAUAUGAACCUUGAGGACCCUUGUACGUCCAAGAGACUAGUGAAGAGCAGGAUUUCACUCCAGAGCUAAGACAGAAUCAAGAUUGUAAAUUGAUCACCCAGAAUGAAGAAUCAGCAGAUAUGCAGAAAAGUUCUGAGGAAUCUCAUGCAGAAGAAUUCAAAAAGGAUAUUACUCCCAUGAUUAUUGCCAAUAAAUUUGAGGCCAGGUUAGAAAGACAGUGGGUAAACCUUGAAAAAGAAAGAGGAACAAAAACCCCUUUCCUAGACAAAGAUUCCAAGAAAGAACACACAUUGGGAAGAAACCCUAAGUAUGUACCAAAUGUGGGAAAGCCUUCAGCCACAGCUCAAACUUUACCCUUCAUUACAGAACACACUUGGUGGAAUGGCCCUAUGACUAUAAGUGUGGAAAAGCCUUUGGUCAGAGCUCAGAUCUCCUUAAACAUCAGCGAAUGCAUACUGAAGAGACACCAUAUCAGUGUAAAGAUUGUGGGAAAGCUUUCAGUGGUAAAGGCAGCCUCAUUUGACACUAUUGAGUAUAUACUGGAGAGAAACCUUAUCAGUAUAAUGAAUGCGGGAAGAGCUUUAGUCAGCAUGCAGGUAUUAGUUCUCAUUAGAGACUCCACACUGGAGAAAAGCAAUAUAAAUUUAAAGCAUGUGUAAAAGCCUUCAACCACAGCUUCAAUUUUAAUAAACAUCAUAGAAUCCAUACGGAGAAAAGGCCUAUCCUAUAUAAUAAGAGGCUAA